GACGUUGAUAUGGCUUUAAUUUAAAGAAAUUAAAACUGAAAGCCCGGACUCCCCCAAAGGUCAUAUUUCUUUUACAUGCCCUUUCCCUUUCUCAAUGGAAUGAAGCAAAUUAUUUACACAGCAGCUGACAGACAAGAAGAAAGAAUAAUAUGGCCAUCACGGAGACGGAGACGGAGAUGAAUUUCAGCACGCAUGCCACUUGGCUCCCGUCUCACGGCUCACUGCAAAAGACUGUAAUAUUUACAACAGAAAGUCCUGUCGAAGGUCAAGAGAUCGAUUCUUGCCCUUUGUUAUUGACGCCUUUGAAAGAAUCCUCUUCUCCCUGCGAAAUUACGCUCAAGUUUGAAGGAUCAUCAUGUGAGGUUUCCAGUAUCUAUGUACGGAGUACUGCCCGAAUAUUUGAACUGUACAGUAAGUCAGAAAUCAGUGCUGACAAUGAAUAUAUCUGCACUGCCCGUGGUGAGCUGGCUGUGCAGAAUGAUGAUCCCACCUAUGUGGGAGAAACCAUUAAUAAGAAUGAUAGUUCUUCAUUUGGCAGAGACAACUGUGUUGAUAAUUUUUCUGAGACUUCUUUGCAUUCACUGAUUGAGAAUGGGACUGAGCUAUUUUUGAAUGUGGAAAAUAGUGAUAAAGAAUCACACAAUUAUUCAAGUCAAUCAGAUAGUAUUGAUGGGAAUACAGAUGGAGCCCUACAAGUGCUGCAUGAAAGCAUUAGAGUUUCAGAGGAAAUUGGAAAAAGAGACUCUCAGAGUAGUGAUGAAGAUAGUUGGGUUGAAGUUGGACUAUCAGGAUCACUUGUGGAUUCUCUGGGUAAGCCUGGAGAAAUGUGUCAACUUCAGUCCAAGGGCUACUUAGAUUAUUCUGAAGAUAAAGCUGCACAGAAACCAGAACUAUUAGCUGAACAGGGUGAGAAGAUUUCAGUGGACAAUUGCAUAGAAUUAGGCCAGCAUGAAGAUAACACUUCAGAGGAUGCAGCUUUUCUUCAUCAUGCCAAAGAAGAAAAUUUGUCAGAUACAGGAGCAUCCAAUUCACUGAUAGCAACCAAUAUGGAGAUUAAAACUAGAGCCGAUGAGAAUAUUGCAAGUUUGUCCACAAGUAGGAUGUCAAAAGCGGCAUUUUAUGAAGCAACUGUUGAGAUAGUAAAUGCUAAUCCUUGUGUUUCCCUAACCAUCCGUCUGCUGUCAUUACAAGAUAAGUCAUGUGUAGAGAUUGAUACAAUUUAUAUAUAUGGUGUACGUGCUUCUGAUGUUAAAGACACAGCUGAAGCCAUUAGUUUGAGCAACUCUGGUCUUCAGGGUAGUCCAUUUGGGGGCUCUUUACUGGCAAUGCUUCUUCCAAGUAUGCUCCAAAUGUCAAGAGGUGGUUUGACUCAAUAUCAGAAUGAUUUAUUGUACAAUGUCAGGAGAGAUGAGAGCAUGCCACAAAUGGGGUCAACUGAAACAGAACUUUCUAGGUCUAAUAAUUCCCCAAUCAUCAGCACACCUUUCCCAGUAAAAGACAUUGAAACUUCAACAGGAGAUAAUUUAUCUUCUGAUACAGUACCAGGAAAGGAAGUUUCACCUGAACAGUCACUGUUUCAAGAGAAGCUUUCCGCAGAUCUGGAUAAAGUUGAAGAAAAUAUGGAACUGACUAAAAAUAAUCUAAAAACUACUCUGCAAAAUGCACUGCCUUCAAUGGGACCUACAGAGGACAUAAAGGGAAGGCAGAAUGUUUCAGGAGGUGAAGAUUCAUGUAUGGGAGUAAUGGCUGGUACCAAUGAAAGUAUUUCUUCUCUAAUGGAUGGGCUUCACAAUGAAGAAUCCAAUGAACAUUACAUUCCUGAAGAGUUAGAAAGCAAUAAGAUUGAUAACAGCUUAUUCAGGCAAAAGAAUGAAGAAAACGUGUUGGAGAAUAUUUGCAAGCGUAUGGACAGAUUAGAGGCUGUGUGCUUGCGGAUUGAGGAUUAUAUACACAGGUCCUUUGAGAAGAUGGAAAGGAGGCUUCAGCUUGUUGAGUCAUGUCAGAUGCAGCAGAACCAUUCCCUGGUGACAAAAAUAGAGAGUAAUACUGUUUGUUCAGAUCUACCUGUUGUAUCAAACUCAUAUUCAGAAAAUUCCAUUUCUGGCCUAGAAAUGUCAAACAAUGGUAAUCGGAAGGACAUUGCUGAGGUGGACAUACCAAGUCUAUUAAAUGCCGAAGUUCCAUCCUCAAUUUGUAUGCCAAGGGCUUGUUCUGUAUCAUCUCCUGAAUUUUCUCCUCUGUUUGCCAUUGCAAGUCCUACAACCUUUUCCCCAGAUGCUUCAUGUGUGGGUAAUUCUAAGGAAUUGCAUUCAGAGAAUGCAGAUUUGUUACAUUGUAAUGAGGAGUCAUCAAAAGCCAGUCUUGACAUAUCACCAAAGCUUGAACUGGAUUAUUCAGCAUCCAGGAGUUUGGAUCGACAAGAUUUAUCAAAGGAAGAACAUCUGGGAGAUAUGGAUUCCCAGAGUGCAGAGUCUAUAGGAGUAUGUGGAGGUUCAAAGGUUUCAAGCAACCCAAUUAAUGAGCAUCAGAUUACUCCUAACAAGACAAAACUGUGUCUAGAGGAAGUUUUAGCUUCAGAGCUUUCAGCAUUUUCAGUUUCCGCCCGUCCAGCUCAAGUAGAAACACAAAUUAUCUUGACAGAAACACCACCAGAUUCAUCACAAAUAGAAAAUGCAGACGACAAGGAGGGCGGUGACCAUGAGGGACUUAAUUCGUUUCAUUCUUCCCAAGUGGAAAUAACAGGAUUAUCCACAGGAAUACCUUGUCACUCAUUGGAAGUAGAUCAUUCGGAUGAGGAGGAGGCUUGUUAUCAUCACAAUACCCUUUUUAAUGCACUUGAAGAAGUGCGAUACAUAAGUCAGGAAAAUAUGUAUUCAGUUCCAUACUGUUCUUCCCAAGGAAAUGAGGAUGCCAGACAGACUGUAAAUAGAGGGAGAAAUAUCAGUGAUGCCUGGGAUAGUCUUGCUCUCAAUAUCAAGCAGUCCUGCAAACCAGGUACCAAAACAGUAAGCAACCAUGAGAAGGAAAAUGUGCUGUUGGAGGAUGAAAACGAACAGAAACUGAAUGUCAGUGAAAUGAAAUUGGCUGAGAAUGUCUCUUGCCCAAUUCAUGUUAACCAGACUACAAGCACAAAUUUGGUCUAUGAUUGCCUUGGGAAGCUUCACCCAUUACAUGGAUAUUAUGAGUUUGAACCAUUUAAAUUGUGCCCAAAGCUUACUAAGCUUAUCAUUGAAAAGGAUAAAAAUAUGGUUGAAAAAAAAUAUGCUUCAUUUAAUCAUCUUUCUGGAAAUACUGAAAGUAAUGUAGCAGAAGUUGAAAGAACAAUUACAAGCCUGGAAGUUAAGCAAGAUGAAGGAAGUAGUGGAUCAGAUAGUCCCACGGAAUCUCAUGAUAAGUAUGCUUCAAGACAGUCAAAUAUUGAUACAUCCUCUUUAUUAGAUGUCUCAUUUACAAUUACCGAUGCUUCACAAAUAAAAAUGUCUUUGGAAUCUCUUUUGGGCGAUAAUGUCUCUGAGCAUGGUGGAGAAACUGUUCCUCUCCAGCAAACUACUGAAGCAGAAGCCUCAAAUUUCUCUGAAUCAAAGCGUCCACAUGGAUUGUUCUUUGUUGAAGAUGAAGGCCUUGGAGAGUUUAUUAUUCCGGCCACAUCAACUUUUCUUUGCUCAGUUACCUCAGGAAACAGCUCAAAUCAAGGGAUAGUACCAGGGAUAUCUCCUGUUUUUGAAAGCCUACUGUAAGAGGUUCACUUACUAUUUUUGGUUGUUUCUGACUGUUUGUCCAUGUCAAAUUGAAUAGCAGUAAAUGUAUUUUCAGUUUUCACCUAUGGCGGAAGAAUUUCAAUUUGGAUGCCAAUUCAAUGGGUAUGGUUUAUAUUACCUUUACGGCUGGUUCUUCAAAGACCAACUUGUGAUGUCAACUGAAGGACGGAAGCUGGUGGGGAUCAUAAAAAGUACUGUAAAAAUAACACUUAAAAAAUUUCUUGUUAUAUUGAUUGAAAGUAUGGAGUGCAUGAAUCACCAUCAUGAAAUGUGAUUCUAUGUAUUGAAGUAAAUUAUUUUAUACUCAAAUCCAGGUGUGUAUUCAGAUACAGAGCCUUCACUGAAAAAGAUAAGCUAUACUUGCUGAAA